AUGUUCACAGCUUCAUUCUCCCUUAAACCCUCUUCUUCUUCCUUCUCUUCCUCCUCCACCUCCAUCACCACCACCCCCUUCCUCCCCAAAUUCCUCUCCCUCCCUUUCUCCCCUCUCCACCCGUCGCCACGUGUCUAUCCCCCUUUCCACUCCCUCCACUCCAACACCCUCCCCCUCCCCUCAAACAAAAGAAAGAAAAAGAAAAAACCAUACGGUGGCGCUUUGCCCUCCCUCCUCCGCUCCCUCAACACCGCCGCGGACGUGACCCUCGCCCUCGAGUCCCUCCCCGACGCCCCCUCCCUCUCCCCCAAAGAAAUCACCGUCAUCCUCCGCGAACAGUCCUCCAAGUGGCAGCGUGCGGCCAAGGCCUUCGAGUGGUUCAGGUCCCAAACGUGGUACACCCACAAUGCCAUUCACUACAACGUGGUCCUCAGAGCCCUCGGCAGGGCCCAGCAGUGGGACCUCCUGCGCCUCUGCUGGCUCGACAUGGCUAAAAACGGCGUCUUGCCCACAAACAACACCUACAGCAUGCUCGUUGAUGUGUACGGGAAAGCGGGUCUUGUCCAAGAAGCGCUUUUGUGGAUUAGGCACAUGAGGGUGAGAGGCUUCUUCCCUGAUGAGGUUACUAUGUGUACAGUUGUUAAGGUGUUAAAGGAUGUGGGGGAGUUUGAUAGGGCUCAUAGGUUUUACAAGGGAUGGUGUGAUGGGAGGGUUGAGUUGGAUGAUCUUGAUUUGAAUUUAGAUAGUUCUUUGGGUGCUAAUGGUAGUGGUAGUAGUACUAAUGGGUCUGCAUCAAUGUCAAUUAGUUUCAAGCAGUUUCUCUCCACUGAGUUGUUUAAGAUUGGUGGAAGAGUGUCUGCUUCUUCUCAUGUAGCACAUUCAAAUUUGUCGAAUGUGCCACAGAAGCCGCGACUCUCUUCUACCUAUAAUGUGUUGAUAGAUUUGUAUGGGAAAGCGGGGCGGCUGAACGAUGCGGCUGAGGUUUUUGAGGAGAUGUUGAAGGAGGGUGUGGCGGUGGAUGUCUGGACUUUUAAUACCAUGAUAUUUAUUUGUGGGAGUCGUGGUGAUUUGGUGGAGGCGGAGGCUUUGCUUGGGAUGAUGGAGGAGAAAGGGGUGGCGCCGGAUACCAAGACUUACAACAUUUUUUUGUCUUUGUAUGCUGAAGUUGGGGAUGUUGAUGCUGCGGUUUCUUGUUACAGGAAGAUUAGGGAGGCUGGUUUGUGUCCGGAUGAGGUGACUUACCGAGCUCUUCUUGGUGUGUUGUGCAAAAAGAAUAUGGUUCAGGAUGUGGAAAAUUUGAUUGAUGAAAUGGAGAGGGAUUUUGUGGGUGUUGAUGAGCAUUCACUUCCGGGAAUUGUGGAGAUGUAUGUUUGUGAGGGGGAUGUUGAUAAAGUGUAUGAGCUGCUGAAGAAGUUUCAAAUGAAUGGGGAGAUGUCAUCGAAAAUUCGGGCAGCAGUUAUGGAUAUAUUUGCUGAGAGAGGACUUUGGGAGGAAGCGGAGAAUAUGUUUUAUGGAGAAAGGAAAUUGGCAGGUUGGAAAAGGGAUGUUUUAGAGUGCAAUGUCAUGAUCAAAGCGUAUGGCAAAGCGGAACUUUAUGACAAGGCUAUUUCUCUCUUUAAGGGAAUGAAAAAUCACGGGACUUGGCCUAAUGAAAGCACGUAUAAUUCUCUUGUUCAAAUGUUGUCUGGUGGCGAUUUAGUGGACCAAGCAAUGGACCUUAUGCAUGAAAUGCAGGAAUUGGGAUUUAAGCCACCUUGUCAAACGUUUUCUGCUAUUAUUGGAUGUUAUGCUCGCCUUGGUCAGCUUUCUGAUGCCGUUAGCGUGUGCCGGGAUAUGAUAAGAGUUGGAGUAAAACCAAAUGAGGUUGUGUAUGGUUCUUUAAUAAAUGGAUAUGCAGAACAUGGUAGUCUUGAAGAGGCACUUCGAUACUUCUACAUGAUGGAAGAAUCUGGAUUAGCAGCGAAUUUAGUUGUGUUAACAUCCUUACUAAAGUCUUAUUGUAAGGAUGGAAAUCUGGAAGGAGCAAAAGCCAUCUAUGAACGGAUGAAGAACCUGGAAGGUGGUCUUGAUUUAGUUGCAUGCAAUAGUAUGAUUGGCCUCUUUGCGGAUCUUGGCUUGGUUUCUGAAGCCAAGUUAGCAUUUGAAAAUUUGAGAGAAAUGGGCCGAGCUGAUGCAGUUUCCUAUGCAACAAUCAUGUAUCUUUAUAAGGACGUGGGGAUGAUGGACAAAGCCAUUGAGAUUGCGGAGGAGAUGAAACAGUCCGGUUUACUGAAGGAUUGUGUUUCAUUUAAUAAGGUACUGGUGUGUUAUGCUGCCAAUUGCCAAUUCUAUGAAUGUGGUGAAUUAGUACAUGAGAUGAUAUAUCAGAAGCUUUUGCCAAACGAUGGAACUUUUAAAGUGUUAUUCACUAUAUUAAAGAAGGGAGGGAUUCCCAAUGAAGCAGUGGCACAAUUAGAGUCAUCUUACCUGGAGGGGAAACCUUAUGCUCGCCAAGCCACCUUCACUGCUUUGUACUCGUUAGUUGGCAUGCAUACUUUGGCACUUGAAUCUGCUCAAACAUUCAUUGAAUCUGAGGUUGAACUUGACUCCUCUGCCUAUAAUGUGGCAAUCUAUGCAUAUGGUUCAGCUGGAGAUAUCAACAAGGCCUUGAAUAUAUAUAUGAAAAUGCGGGAUAAGCAAGUGGAACCUGACCUUGCAACAUAUAUAUAUCUGGUAGGUUGUUAUGGAAAAGCUGGCAUGGUGGAAGGUGUUAAACGGGUUUAUAGCCAAUUAGAAUAUGGAGAGAUUGAGUCAAGUGAGUCUUUGUUCAAGGCUAUUAUAGACGCCUAUAAAAUUUGCAACAGAAAGGAUCUUGCCGAGUUAGUUAGCCAAGAAAUGAGAUUUGCAUUGAACUCAGAAAAACAUCCUGAAAUUGGAAGUGAAGGUGAAUAUGAAGUUGGAAGUGAAGGUGAAUAUGAAGUUGGAAGUGAAGAUGAAUAUGAAGUUGGAAGUGAAGAUGAUUAUGGCUAA